AUGUCUGAUCAAUCAACCCCAGCACCACCACCAGCAGAGCUGACAGCCGAUAGGUCGCAGCAUGCCUCGCCGCUCUCCGGCCAGUCUCUGCCCACGCGGCUGAAGCUCUCCCGCACUAGCACCCCGAAAGUGCGGACGGGCUGCAUCACCUGCAAGAAGCGACACGUCAAGUGUGAUGAGGCCAAGCCUCAAUGCGGGAACUGCAUCAAGACCCGCGGCUACUGCGAGGGCUAUGAAGCUACCAAGAAGAAGAAGAAGCCGGUCGCGGGUAUGCCUGAGCAGAUCUGCUGGGAUUCCAACACGGCUCUUACCCGGACGUCACCGAACGGCUCCUCGGUCGGAAGCUCUCCUCAAACUACGAGGGGAAUCUCGCCCAGCAGCAUCCCGUUCCAGAUCACGCUCGACUCGCUCGAGUUUGGCGACGCCGCGGGCAAGCGCUACUUUGACGAGUUUGUGCGCCUGGUGCGUGGCCCGUGGAUCGUGGCGACGUCGAACUCGGACUUGUGGGGUAAUACGCUCCCCCAGGUCGCGCGCAACAGUACCACACUCCGGCAUGCGGCCAUGGGUAUCGGUGCGCUGAUCAUGUGGCAUCGCCAGUCCAAGCACAAAUCCCUGCGCUCUGCUGAAAGAUUGGAGAUGCCCACAGCGACGGAUGGCGAAGACUCGCAUGCCUAUCGGGCUGUGGCUCACUAUGGCAAGUCGCUCAAGAUGCUGAGUAAGAAUUUCGGCUUGCAAGAUGCCAUCUUCAUGUCCAUGCUGCUGCUGUGCUUCGAGUCGCUACGAGGCAACAGAACAGCAGCAAUCGAUCAUGUCAACCACGGUCUUGCGCUGCUGCUUUAUCUAGUCAUGGACGGAAACGUAUGUGGUCAAGACUUAGAGACCAUGGCACCGGACCCAAAACCAUUGAUAGCCGCCAUCGGAGACAUAUUCACACACCUGGGCAACCAGGCGCGCUGCAUAUUCCCCUCCCAAGUCGGCGGUCCGCUCUCCCUGCCCAACUUCAGCAAAGGGCUCAGAGACAAAGCACAGACCAUGGAGUCCUUUGCAGUCCUCAUAUCACAGCUCCCACGCGAUGUGACAGCAACUAUAGAUCGCAUGCCCGCCGUCUUCACGACCCUGGAUGAGUUCGAGAAGUUCUGGACCCUAGUCCGGCGCGAGCAGACCGCCGUCGGCCCCCUCGUGCUCCAACUCAUCCACGACUCGGGCGUCCUCCACUCGGCAGACGGACAGGCGAUCCACUCCUUCGUGCAGGGCCUCAUCUCCCACCCGGCCAUCCUCGAGCACUGCGCCAACGCGCGCCGCCUCGUCAAGGCCCUCGACGCCGCCUUCACGCCGCUCUUCCAGAAGAUGCUCGUCAACCACGACCCGGACACGCCGGCCUACCUGCGCACCAUCUACCUGCGCCUGCAGUACCUCGCCAUCGCCGUCUUCGACGACUUCCCCCAGUACUACGACAUCGACAGCCUGACGGCCAACAACCCGGGCUUCCGGGACUACCUGUCCAUGGCCGAGAUCGCCGUGCGCGCCGCCCGCCGCCAGAUCAAGACGACGGCGCACCAGCUCUCGCUGCACGCCGACAUCUCGCUGCGCCUGCUGCACGUCGCCCUCAUGUGCCGCGACCCCAUCCUGCGCGAGGAGGCCGUCUUCCUCCUGCGCGACUACCCGGGCCAGGACGGCCUCUUCAACACGCGGGGCAUGUACGCCGUGGCGCGGCGCAACCGCGUCGUCGAGGCGGGCAACACCGUCGAGGGCACGCCGCAGCAGCAGUGGGAGCGCCUGUGGCGGCGCGAGUUCGCGUUCGAGAACGGCGGCGACCGCGUGCUGUUCCGGUACCUGGUCAAGGACGAGGCCGAGGCCAAGUGGGUGUUGGUCGAGGAGUGGUGCGACACGAGGGGCAAGUCGGACAACGUGGUGUGGCAUCGGCAGAUGGUGCACGGAGAAGUGAGACUCCUGAGUAGUUCGUUGUUUAGCUGA